AUGAAGGCCAGCGGGAUCAAGGAGUACGUGUUCGUAAUGAAUAGAUUUGUUUGGCAUUUCAGAUUCAGCAUGGAUCGAGGGAUUGCUGGUCAUGUGGCGUCCACGGGUGAAGGCCUGAACAUCGAAGAUGCCUACGAAGACAAUCGAUUCAAUCCCGAAAUUGACUCAAAAACCGGCUACACCACCAAGACCAUCCUCUGCAUGCCAAUUUUCAUACGUGGAAGUGUUAUUGGUGUGGUACAGAUGGUGAACAAACGUGAAGGUGUGUUCACAAAAUCCGACGAGGACAGUUUCGAGAUGUUCGCCGUCUAUUGCGGCUUAGCACUACAUCAUGCGAAGCUCUACGAUAAAAUCCGGCGAUCCGAACAGAUAAUAUCAGGCGCGAUGGCCCGCGUAGCUCUCGAAGUCUUGGCCUACCACAGCGUCUGUAACAAAGAUGAAGUGGCAAAACUACAAAAGAUGGAGAUCAAAGAUCGUGUGGAGGAAUUGGAGACCCGAUAUGAUCGCGAUGAGCUGAUUCGAUUCGUAUUGACGGUGAGGAAGAACUAUAGACGGGUCGCCUACCACAAUUGGGCUCAUGGAUGGUCUGUGGCACACGCAAUGUUUGUACUGCUCAUGCACCACACGGCUCGGGAUCUCUUCACUACUCACGAGGAUGGUCACAACAUUCUGAAAUCAAUGACGUCAAGUGAGUACAAACAAGCUCUGUCGCUCAUCAAACACUGUAUUCUGGCCACGGAUCUCGCGUUAUUUUUCACAAAUAAGGCUGAGUUGAAUAAAAUUGUCGACUCUGGCAAGUAUGACAUCAACGACGAUAAUCAUAGGUGA